GGCCCGGCGGAGCUAGGGGCGGGCCCCUGCGUCUCUGGGCGCUGGAGCGCGGCGACUAUCACGCCGCGUGGCGGACGGACGGACUGACGGACGCGCAGCCUUACCCGAAGGGCCAUGGCGGAGCACGCCCCUCGCCGCUGCUGCCUGGGCUGGGACUUCAGCACGCAGCAGGUAAAGGUUGUUGCUGUUGAUGCAGAGUUGAAUGUCUUCUAUGAGGAAAGUGUGCAUUUUGACAGAGAUCUUCCAGAAUUUGGGACUCAGGGCGGUGUUCAUGUGCACAAGGAUGGGCUGACGGUCACUUCUCCAGUACUAAUGUGGGUCCAGGCACUGGAUAUCAUCUUGGAGAAGAUGAAGGCUUCGGGCUUCGACUUCUCUCAAGUCCUAGCCUUGUCCGGGGCGGGCCAGCAACACGGAAGUAUAUACUGGAAGGCUGGAGCCCAGCAGGCACUGACAAGCUUAUCACCAGACCUCCGGCUACACCAGCAGCUGCAGGACUGUUUCUCCAUCAGCGACUGCCCGGUGUGGAUGGACUCCAGCACCACAGCCCAGUGCCGCCAGCUGGAGGCUGCUGUGGGUGGUGCUCAGGCUCUCAGCUGCCUCACGGGGUCCCGUGCCUAUGAGCGUUUUACAGGAAACCAAAUUGCAAAAAUUUACCAGCAGAACCCCGAGGCCUACUCACAUACGGAGAGAAUUUCUUUGGUCAGUAGCUUUGCUGCUUCCCUGUUCCUUGGCUCUUACUCCCCUAUUGACUACAGUGAUGGUUCUGGAAUGAAUUUGUUGCAGAUACAGGAUAAAGUCUGGUCCCAGACUUGCCUUGGUGCCUGUGCACCUCAUUUAGAGGAGAAGCUUGGCCCACCAGUGCCAUCAUGCUCAGUUGUGGGAGCCAUUUCUUCCUACUACGUCCAGCGCUACGGAUUUCCUCCAGGAUGCAAAGUGGUGGCCUUCACUGGGGACAACCCAGCGUCGCUGGCAGGCAUGAGACUGGAGGAAGGUGACAUUGCGGUCAGCCUGGGCACCAGUGACACCCUGUUUCUCUGGCUCCAAGAGCCCAUGCCUGCCCUGGAAGGCCACAUCUUCUGCAACCCGGUUGACUCCCAGCACUACAUGGCACUCCUGUGCUUUAAAAAUGGCUCCCUCAUGAGAGAGAAGAUCCGUGACGAGUCUGUGUCCCGUUCCUGGAGCGAUUUCUCUAAGGCACUGCAGUCCACAGAGAUGGGCAACGGUGGAAACCUGGGUUUUUAUUUUGAUGUAAUGGAGAUCACCCCUGAAAUUAUUGGACGUCAUAGGUUUAACACAGAAAACCACAAGGUUGCAGCAUUCCCUGGGGAUGUGGAGGUUCGAGCACUAAUUGAAGGACAAUUCAUGGCCAAGAGGAUUCACGCAGAAGGCCUGGGCUAUCGAGUCAUGUCCAAGACAAAGAUUUUGGCCACAGGAGGAGCAUCUCACAAUAGAGACAUCUUACAGGUGCUUGCAGAUGUGUUUGGUGCCCCGGUGUACGUUAUAGACACUGCAAACUCGGCCUGUGUGGGUUCUGCAUACCGAGCUUUUCAUGGUCUUGCAGGUGUAACAGAUGUGCCCUUUUCAGAGGUUGUGAAGUUAGCUCCAAAUCCCAGACUAGCUGCUACCCCAAGCCCGGGAGCUUCUCAGGUCUACAAGGCCCUUCUCCCCCAGUACGCCAAACUCGAGCAGAAAAUCUUGUCUCAGACCCGGGGGCCUCCGGAGUGAACAGGCAUCCCUGUUGCCCCUGCCUGCCCAGAUUUACUGACCCCACUUGGAGACAUGGCCCCAGACAGCAGGGAUCCACUUCUCUGUUCUGAACAGCUCUUCCUGCCCCUACUGACUCCUUGGAGUGUCCAGGACCAUCUUAAAGCCGCCCUCAGCACAUCUGCAUGAAGAUAGAUAGGCACUCCUGUCCCUGUGCCCGUGUGCCCCAGGGCAGGAAAGCAUCUCUCUUUUCCUGUCUUUUAUCCCAGGAGGCAGGACAACACUGAGACUGGGAUAUGUCCAAUAAAAACUAUGACUUUUCCCCUUGCAGAGGCAGAAUUAAAGCUAAUCUAGGGACUCAAAUCAGCAGAAUGGGGGAGACAAAGCCCUGUCUCACCCCCUAACCUCAUCCUAUCUCUUUCUCCAACCCUGUCUGCCCACUCCUCCGCAAACCGUGACCCAUAGCUGCCCCCACCCCAUACCUUGAUCUACCAUCCAUCCUCUUCCCCAAUCCAAACACCACAGUCUCUUCUCUCCCACACCCUGCCCUCCUUGUUUUAGCUGUCUGAGGUGCCUCGCAGGGCCUCUCUUACUUGCCCCAUGCUCACCCUCUCCAUGCUGUCCCCAUUCUCUCCUUUCACCAUCUCUCCUCUCCCCCUCCUUCAUCUCUCCUCCCUCCCCAAACUCACUUGGCAUAAUUCACAACCUCCCACCCAAACAAUGGGCCUGGUGGACGUGCUUCCUGUGCCCUCCUUUUAGCUAUGCCCACAGAUCACUGAGAGGGACCAUCUCCCAAGUGGCGCAGUUUAGAACUUCUCUCCCUUUUUCUCCCUCAUUCCCUCUCUCUUCUUGCAGUCCACUUGCUGAAGAAGUUGUGUCAUUUCUCUGGAAGAAUUUCCAAAAUUCUGGAUUUCUUUUUUAUUUUGGAGUAUUUCAUCAGCUGAAAAGUUGUGAUUCUCACUUUGAGUUUUCUUCCUAUAUUUGUAUAGUGAGUUCCUUUUUCUUUCCUCUUUAUCCCUCCUGUUUUACUUUAUACCUCUCUAUUCCUUGCUCAAAUUAUUGCAAAAGCCUCUAUAGAAAGUCCUCUGUGAUCUGACUCCUGCAGACUCUUCCAGAUUUUUUUUCUGCCCAAGGCCUUUACUGAGCUCAGGACUCCAGCUAAAUCAAAAUACUCAUGUUCUCACCUAGAGUGACAAAAUCCUGCAGAUAGGUUUGAGACCUAGUGGAUCAGAGCAGUAGCUACUGGGAAGUUAAAAGGAAGGGGCUUAGAAAAUGAAUGGGACCAAAGGCAUCACUUCUGAUGGAGAUGAAGCCAUCUUGAAAGUGAGUGGUGUCCUUUGGAGGCAUGGUGGAUGAAAGGGUGCAAAGGAAGCAAGAGGUUAAAGAUAACGGCCCAUUAGAUACAACAGCAAGCCCAAGAUUCCGAAGAAGACAGACAACUCCCCCUAGUACCACCUAGACAUUACUUUUUAAAGACAUUUUACAUUAUUGUCCAGCAGAAAAAGGCUGUCUUGGACCAUGAAACAGUAAACUGUAACUAAACACUUCAACAUGAAUUUGAAAAUAAAUAAUUAUGGAUAUAAAAGAACACCAGAGAUCAGAAAUUCAAAAACUCAGAAUAAAAAUGAAGAAGCUACAAGCAUAUAUGAGAAGAGAACUGACUGAACUUGGGAAAUAAUUUGAACAAAAAGAUAAAUCUUCACAGAUAUGAAUACUAAAUUAUAUCUUAGUGAAAAUAGAUAUGGUCACAAGUACAUUAAGGCACGUAGAAGGUAGGAGUAAGAAAAGCUAAGAGAAGCAAAACAAAGCAAUAUUAAAGGAAGAGCCAAAAAGACCCAGAAAUAACAUGGUAGAUAAAGAAGAUUGGCAAAGAAAAGAUGAUACAGGUAAGAUUGGAACUCAUGAAGACAAAAGAUAAGACAGUGGAAUAGAGUUAAUAUUUAAAAUUCAAAUAUUAAAACUCAAAUAAACCCCAAAGAACUUUUGGAAAACAAAAGAAAACCUGAAACUUUAUCUUGAAAGGGUCUAUCUUGUUACUUAGAAUAUUGACCCAGAAUGAUUAGCUCUGAGACAUAGCCUACCAACUAUACUUUGAAGCCAAAGAAAAAGAACUAUGUAAGCCUCUAGACCAAAAGACCUAGUCUCUUACAAAGGAAAGAUCUGGUUGGCCUCAAACUUCUCAACAAAGCAAAAUAGCAAUGGGGCAACCUUUUCAAGAAACUCAAAGUAUGAACUGAGGAUUUAAUAUUUCACCAAGCUGUCCUUUAAGUAUCAAGGAUAUAGGAAGAAGUUUUAAUUACACAAGAGCCCAGGGACUAUUAUACUCACAACUUCUUCCUUAGAAUUCUACUAAAAGACAAGCUUCAUCCAACUAGAUGAUUGGGGAAACUUGAGCAAAAGGACUGGACAUGACCGUUGAAUAUCUUUGAUUGUAGAUCUGAGGCCAAAUGGAAGUGGGGAUAAGGGUGGAAGAACAGUAUUAGUCCCUUCUCACACUGCUAUGAAGAUAGUACCCGGCUGGGAAUGGUGGCUCAUGUCUGUAAUCCCAGCACUUUGGGAGGCUGAGGCAGGAAGAUCACCUGAGGUCAGGAGCUCGAGACCAGACUGGCCAACAUGGUGAAACCCCGUCUUUACUAAAAAUACAAAAAUUAGCUGGGUAUGGUGGUGCACGCCUGUAAUCCCAGCUACUUGGGAGGCUGAGGCAUGAGAAUUGCUUGAACCUGGGGGCAGAGAUUGCAGUGAGCCAAGAUUGUGCCACUUCACUCCAGCCUGGGCAACAGUGAGACUCUGUCUCAAAAAAAUAAUAAAGAUAGUACCCAAGACUGGGUAAUUUAUAAAGAAAAGAGGUUUAAUUGACUCACAGUUCCACAUGGCUGGGGAGGCCUCAGGAAACCUACAAUCGUGGCAGAAGGUGAAGGGGAAGAAAGGACCUUCUUCACAUGGUGGCAAGAAAGAGAGAGCAUGGACGCACAAGAGAGCAAGCAGGGAAAACUGUCUUAUAAAACCAUCAGAUCUCGUGAGAACUCUUUAUCAUGAGAACAGCUUGGGGGAAACCACCCCCAUGAUCCAGUCACCUCCCACCAGGUCUUGCCCUCAACACCUGGGGAUUACAAUUCAAGAUGAGAUUUGGGUGGGGACAGAAAGCCUAAUCACAUGAAAUAGUAUCAAACUAUAUAUGCUUUGACAAGACAGAAGUAACAAAACAAAAAAGAAGGGAGAGAGGAAGAGGAAAAUACAAAGAACUCCUUGUUGCUUAGGCAAUAUGUAGAAGUCAAGUAGUAUUAUUUAAAGUUGACAAACCAAGUAUAUGAAGUGUAAGUAAGGAAAAAGGGAGAUUUAGAGCAUUAAAAGUGUACUAUACUAUUAAUAGUAUAGAAUACAUAGUAUAAUUACUAGAAUAAAAAUGUAAAUCAUCAAUGCUCAAAGAAGCAAUAAUAAAGAUUACAGUGAAAAACAUGCGGUAAAUGUACCAUCAUACAGUAAAUAUAUUAAGUCCAAGCAUAUAAGUUAAAUCAGUACAUGUGAAAGGACUUACCUAUUAAAAGGAAUAUCAGAUUGGCUUACAAACCAAUGUCUUAUUGUCUGUUAUUUAUAAGAGACACAUCUAAAGUAAGUGAUUCAGGAGAGGCUAAAAAAAAAAAGAGAUGGGCAAAAAUAGACCAGACAAGUAGGACCACAAAAGGCAAAGAUUACAGUAUCCAUAUCUGAAAAGGUAGAAUUCAGGAAAAAAUAGACAAGACAAUGAAGGAUACAUUAAAAUGCUAAAAGCCACAAUUCACAAUGAGGAUAUACUAUUUAUGAGUGUUAGAGCUUCAGUUAUCUGGUUUGUCAACUUUAAGUGAUAUUCUUUGGCUCCUGCCUAUCCCCUGUACAACAAAGAGCUCUUUCUACUUUCCUCUUUCUCUCUCCCUCCUUUUUCAUUGUUUCCAUUGUGUUACUUCUGCCUUGUCAAAGCACAUAACAUUUGCAUAACAAAUUAUGCAAGGAAAAAUGAACAGAAACCUAGAAAUAACAGAAAUUUAAAACACCUCUCUCUCAUCCAAGACUGAAGUUAAGGAGACAAAAAAUACAUAUAACGAUAUAAGUGAUCUAAGUAACAGUAUCUAUAAAGUAGAUCUAAUGAAUAUAUGUUGAACUUUCUACCUUGAUAAUAGAGAAUAUUACUCUAGGGCAAGCGUGAUGGCCCACACCUGUAAUCCCAGCACUUUGGGAGGCUGAGGCAGGUGGAUCGCUUGAGCUCAGGAGUUCGAGACCAGCUUGGGCAACAUGGUGAAACCCCAUCUCUACAAAAAUUAGCCAGGCAUGGUGGCAGGAGCCUGAGGUCCCUAGGAAUUUAUGACUCUUCUAGGAAUCAAGAUUGUUGUCCCACAGCAGCCUCACACACCUGGCAUAGCAGUGAUUAAACUCAUUGGGAGCUAUCUCAAAAAUAAUUGUGAGUGAGGCUUUUGGUACAUAGAGUAGACUCCAAUCAGACACAUAAAACCCACAGUACAUUUUAGGAAGCUAUACUAAUGGCAUUAACCUGGAUUAAAAGGGACUAAAUGUUAAAAGACCCUGGACCCCCAACUUUCUAUGGGCAACAAGCAGGCAUAGUUGCUCAAAAGACAGUUUCUAGGCCAGGCAUAGUAGCUCAUGCCUGUAAUCGCAGCACUUUCAGAGGCCAAGGUGGGUGGAUCAUGAAGUCAGGAGUUCAAGACCAGCCUGGUCAAAAUAGUGAAACCCCAUCUCUACUAAAAAUACAAAAAUUAGCUGGGCAUGGUGAUGCAUGCCUGUAGUCCCAGCUACCUGGGAGGCUGAGGCAGGAGAAUCGCUUGAACCCGGGAGGUUGAGGUUGCAGUGAGCUGAGAUCUCGCCACUGCACUCCAGCUUGGGCAACAGAGUGAGACUUCAUCUCAAAAAAAAAAAAAAAAAAAAAAGGUAUAUAUAUCAGGCCGGGCGUGGUGUCUCAUGUCUGUAAUCCUAGAACUUUAGGAAACCGAGGUGGGUGGAUCACCUGAGGUCAGGAGUUCAAGAUCAGCCUGGCCAACAUGGUGAAACCCUGUCUCUACUAAUAAUACAAAAAAAAUUAGGCGGGCGUGGUAGCAGACACCUGUAAUCCCAGCUACUCAGGAGGCUGAGACAGGAGAAUCACUUGAACCUGGGAGGUGGAAGUUGCAGUAAGCUGAGAUGGCAGCACUGUACUCCAGCCUGGGUGACAGAGCAAGACUCUGUCUCAAAAAAAAAAAAAAAAAAAGAUAUAUAUAGAUAGAUAGAUAGAUAGAUAGAUAUAGAUAUAUGUAUGUAUGUAUGUAUCAGAAAAAACGCAAGUACACUUUAAGCAUAUUUUAAAAUGCUUACUGACAAAAAUCAGAGUUUGAUAAAAUUCUGUGUUACCAUGGCUGUGGAGAAAUAGGCAUUCGUAUACAUUUCUGGUAGGAGUGCAAUUUUGUGAAACUCCUAAAGAGGGAAAUUGGGCAACAUCAACAAAACUAAAUAUGAGUAUGACUUAACCAUUCCAAUAGGAAUCUGCACAAAGACACAAUUCCAACAUACAAGACAACAUAUGUAUAAGGUUAUUGUGAAAUUAUUGAUAACAGCAAAGUACUUUGGAAAAGGCACAUAUACACUAAUAUAGGACAGAUUGAAUAGAUUAUAAUGCAUCCACACAAUAAAAAAGAAUGAGGAAGAUCUCUAUGUACCAAUGAUGGGUAAAUUCCAUAAACAAAGGACAGUUCUCUACUUUGUUCUUUUUAUUCCCCUUAACAAAGUUUUAUAGUUUUUAGUGUAUGUCUUACACAUAUUUUGUUAAAUUAUUUGAUAUUUCAAAAAUGUUUUGUGAUAAAAUGUGUGACAUUUAUCACUUUAACCAUGUUUUGUGAUAAAAUGUAUGACAUUUAUCAUUUUAACCAUGGAAAAGUGUUCAUUUUUUCAAUUGUUUUUGCUAGCAUUUAGGAAUAUUCCAUGGUAUGUUGAAUUAUUCAUUGUGAACAUAUAAAGAUCAAAUUCAGUAGCAUUAGGUAUAUUCACAAUAUUAUGCUACCAUCACCACCACACAUUUCCGAAACCUUUUUAUCAUUCUAGACUGAAACUCUACUCACUAAACAAUAACUCCUAUUUUUCUCUCCCCAGCCCUUGAUAACCGCUAUCCUUUCUGUCUCUAUGGAUUUGCCUAUUCUAGGUUUUUCAUAUAAGUGGUAUCAUACAUGUUUCCUCUUGUUUCUGGCUUAUUCCACUUCGUGUAAUAUUUUAUUAAAUUUUGCAUGUGUAAAAUAGUUAAUAUUUUAAUGUUUUAAAUUUAAAGGUUCAUUCACAUUGUAGCAAGGCUGAAUAAUAUUCCACUGUGUUUAUAUACCACAUCCUGUUUAUCCAUUCAUCCAUCAGUGGACAUUUAAGUUGUUUUCACCUUUUGGUGAUUGUAAAUAAUGCUGCUAUGAACAUUGAUGUACAAAUAUCUGAGUCCGUGCUUUCAAUUUUUUGGGUAUAUACCUAGAAGUGGAAUUGCUGAAUCAUAUAGUAAUUCUGUUUAACUUUUUGAGGACCCACCACAGUUUUCCACAGUAGCUGCACCAUUUUACAUUCCCCAGCAGUAAUGCACAGGGAUCUAGUUUCUCUACAUCCUUGUCAACACUUGUUAUUUUUCUUUAUAUAUAUAUAUAUAUAUAAUAGCCAUCGUUAUGGAUGUGAAGUGAAAUUUCAUUGUGGUUUUUAUUUGUGUUUUCCUAAUGACUAGUGAUGUUAAGCACUUUUCAUGUUCUUAUUUGCCUUUUGUACACAUUUAAUUGUUUUGACGCUGUUGGAAAAGUGUUUCAUUUUUUCAAUUGUUUUUGCUAGCAUGUAGAGAUAGUCUAUGGUAUAUGGAAUUAUUUGUUGCUAACAUAUAAAAAUAAUUUUUUUUUUAGAUGGAGUCUUGCUCUGUCACCAGGCUGGAAUGCAGUGGCACCAUCUCGGCUCACUGCAAUCUCUGCCUCCUGGGUUCAAGCAAUUCUCCUGCCUUAGCCUCCCGAGUAACUGGGAUUACAGGCACCCCCCCAACAUGCCCAGCUAAUUUUUGUAUUUUUAGUAGAGACGGGAUUUCACCAUGUUGGCCAGGAUGGUCUCAAUCCCCCAACCUUGUGAUCCACCCGCCUCAGCCUCCCAAAGUGCUGGAAUUAACAGGCGUGAGCCACCACGCCCAGCCAUAAGAAUCAAUUUUUGUUUGAUUUUGUGUCUUGCAACUUUAUUAAAUUCACUUACUAGUUAUGGUAGUAUUUUGUAUUAGUAGGAUAUGUAGGGUUUCUAUCCAUCAUGUCAUGUCAUCUAUAAAACAAAGACAGUUUUCUUCUCUUCAAUCUGUAAGCAUUUUAUUUCAUUUUCUUGCCUUUCUGCAAUGGCUAGAAUGUCUAGUAUAGUGUUGAAUAGAAGUAGGGAGAGCAAUAAUCCUUGCCUUGUCCCUGAUCUUAGCGGACAGCAUUUUAUCACUAAGAGUGUGUGUGUGAAUACGCCCUCCAUCGGGCUAAGAAAUUUCCCUUUCAUUUCUUGCUGGAGGUGGGGAGGAAUAUUUAAAAAGAAUGUGUAGGUUUGUCUUGAAUUUUGUUAAAUGUUUUGCAUGUAUGUGUUAUGGUUUUGGUAUUAUGUGUUCCUUAAAUAUUUGAUUGAAUUCACCAGUGAAACCAUCUUAGUUAGAUGUUUUCUUUGUGAAACUUUUAAGUUAAAACUCAAUUUACAUAAAAAUAUAUGGCCCUUCAGAUUUUGUACUUCUUUUUGUGUCAAUGUUAAUAAUACGUAUCUUUCAAAGAAUAUCCCCCCCUUUUUUUUUGGUAGAGAUAGGGUUUUGCCAUGUUGUUGGUAGCAAGCCCUAACCCUGUCAUAAACAGGCCUUAAAGAAACUGGCCAUAAACAGGAUUUCUGCAGCAAUGGGACAUGCUCAUGAUGGCUGUCAUGCACACUGCUAAAAGUUGUUGGUUUACUGGAGCAGGGCAAGGAACACCUGGCCCCGCCCGGAGCAAAAAACUGCUCAAACCACAAACGAUAGCAGGAAAGGCCUGUGCCUUGGCAGCAUGUUUUUGCUGCAGAUAAUCAGCCAGAGCCUGUUUCUCUGCUCCUCGCUGAGAUUGCUUUAUUUCCCAUAAAGAUUGCUUUUAGCUAAUCUACAAUGUUUCGAAGCCAUGCUUAUAUCACUGGCUUUCUGUCAAUAAAUGUGUGGGUCAAGCUCUGUUUGUGGCUCUCAGCUCUGAACGCUGUCAGCCCCUGAUCCCCACUUUAUACUGUA